UCACAGAACAAUUUGCCGUGUCCUAACAAGCCAUUCUAUGUACUUUGUUGUCCAAAUUUCCCUUAUCUUCGUACUUUUUAAGACCAAAACCUGAUUGCUAAUCUUUUUGAAAUGGACUAUAGCUCUCCGCGGAUCCGAUCCCGUUCAACGACGAUACACGCCUGCCACAUAAUGCGACUUGUCAAGAAGCUAGUAAUGGCUGCGAGUCAAAGACUCUCUACAGUUGUAGCUCUCAGCGCUUGACAGUGUCUUGCCGAAGCUAUGCUUGGGGGAAUUGGUGGGAUCUGAUAUGAAUCACUACCCCGCUCCUGAAAGUCUAUCUACUCUUGGUAGUAGCUGAUCUGUGUUUCAAAACUUUUUUUCAUGGAAAAAAUCAUAGUGGAAGAGACGUGUUGCCACGUACGUGGGUGAUGUUUAGUUGAUGAAGUAGCACUUACUGCCUCAUCCUUUAUGGAAGGGUUGUCCCGGACCGGUCUUCGUUGCCGCUUGCUCUUCAGAUCAGGUUGUCACCCUAGCGAGGUAACGCUAUCAUUAACAGGCGAUCAGAGCCGUCAUUAGUACUUACUCACUCACGGUUGGUUACAGCCGUCAACAGCAAGCAAGAUGGAUCGGGUGUUGAAGAUCAUCUUUGAGUUCUGCACGGCUGUGAUCAUGUCAUUGAGCUAUGGCUUCAUGAUUACCUACCUUGUCCUAUGGGGCCGCGCCAUGCCAGAACAUGCUUACUUCAUGCUUCUCUUCGUGGCAGUGUUCACGACCAUUGUGGCUCUGCUCGUGGCGUUGGCGAGAAAGAUCUGGUUCAUGGUGAUGGGAGGGCAAGAUUGUCAAACGAUGUCGCAUCCCAUCAACCGCACCUAUAUGAAAUUCCCAGUUCCCCAGCUCAUUGGCUUCUUGCUCAUGCUGAACUAUGUGACGGCUGGCUUCGGCAGCCCGCAUGUAUCUGGCAUUUUGCAGGCUAUUCUAACGCAAGGCAGUAUCCCCUUCACCAUUGUCAUGAGUUAUGUAUUGCUCAAGCGACGCUAUACAUGGCUUCAGUUGGGUGGCGCUGCUGUUGUGAUUGGUGGCGCUUUACUGUCAAUGGAGAAAGACUUCAAGUCCGGCUCGUGUGAUCCAUCAUUGAACUCUACCAACGCCACUGACUUCAUGUUGGAAUGCCAUGAUGUUGAAGCUACUCUCAUCGCAAAGAAUGUGUCAUCCAUUUGUAUUGGUGACUCCAACUCCAUUGCAUGGGACUUCCUGUACUUUCUCUCUACGUUGCCUAUUGGUCUGGUCAAUAUCAUCAACGAAUACUUCCUCCAGUAUUCUAAAGGCAAUGAUGAGCGCCGUGCCAAAGCCGGCGAACUGAACAUUGCCAUUACCGUGGCUCUCAACAACAUCUGGCUCUUCUUCUGGCUGCUGGUGGUGUUCUGGCUCAACUUGUUGCCUAACGUUGUACCGCAGUGUGCGGAUGUUGGCCACAAUGUCCAUGUCUUGGGCGAGAACAUGAAGGCUGCAUUCCAGUGUACAUUUGCUGGCCAUGGUGGCUUCACUGGUAAUGUGACUAACAGUACCUUGGAUCUGCACUUCAAGGACCACUGCGACAUAGCCAUGACAUACGUAGCACUGCUGGCUGUGGCAGCUUCGGUUCAAAUGAUUUUCCAGGCAUACACUGUACAACAACAGAGUGCAACGUUCACAAUGGCGUUGGUCACUCUUGGUCCCAUGUUUGCCGUCUUCUUCCAGAACAGCAAAGGGAUCACUGGGGAUUUCCAUGAGGAGGUCAAGACACAGUUUACAGCUUUCAUGACUGCUGGCUUAGUUGUGGUAUUGCUUGGUAUUCUCCUCUAUAAGACCCCGGAGGUGCUAAGAUUUGCUGGUGUUGCAUCUAGCCAGCACCCUAUCGAGACGGACGAUUCUGAGUCAUGGAUUCACAAACGUCUAAGCCGUGUGCUAAAGUACUAUAUACGUGAGGCACUGCGUACGUACACGGACAGUGGCAAAGGUGAAGUACAGGCCCUGCAAGACACAGCGUCGCCAGACGAUGGACCACCAGGCUGUUGUCUCUAGUACACGUACCCACGAAUUAACACACUGCUGUGUGUGUGUGUGUACGUGUGUGUGUACGUGUGUGUGCGCGCGCGCGUGGGUGUGUGUGUACGUGUGUGUGUGUGCGUGGGUGUGUGUACGUGUGUGUGUGUGCGUGUGUGUACGUGUGUGUGUGCGUGUGUGUGUGUGUGUCUGGUCCUAGAAUGUUUUGUUGACAUGCUGAGACGUACACAGUCCGGACGCAUCGUUGAUUACUCAUAAACCACACCAUUGCUGACAGUAUUAUUCUGCAUGCGCACUGCCCCAUUCUCAAUUUCACUUUGCCUCGACAAGCAACAGGCACCAGGGACUGAUUCUGUGUCUCCCCUUGCCCUGGCUUGGCAUGACCAAUAUAUAAUAAAAAGAAACGUUCUAAUACUGCACCACAUUGCACCAUUGCUUUGUGCUGACAUCUGCCUGCAAUGCACACACUCCAUGAGCCUGGUUGCUUUCUACCUCACUGCAAUGUACACACUCCAUGAGCCUGGUUGCUUUCUACCUCACUGCAAUGCACACACUCCAUGAGCCUGGUUGCUUUCUACCUCACUGCAAUGUACACACUCCAUGAGCCUGGUUUUGCUUUCUACCUCACUGCAAUGCACACACUCCAUGAGCUGCUGGUUGCUUUCUACCUCACUCGUCACCGUCACACACGUACACGUGGGCUUGUCUUUCUUUCUUCUUCUUCUUUUUCUAUGAAAAUCAAGAGCGUAUUCUCAGGCCUUGGAUACGUUAAUUUUACCAACAGUAUGCGCUUGUGGUUUCUAUGACUCGAAUUAAAAAACGUCUUGACAGUACAGUAUGCAGUUUCUACACACCUUGUUCUGUGUAUCUCGUAGAUAUUCCGCAUGAAACAUUUUCUCCACGAUCCCUGAUCAUGUAGCACUCUAGACCUUUCCUCUGACAAUCCAUCAUUCUAUUUGCAAAGUUUGAAAUUUCCCCGUUUAUCUUACAUUGUGUUCCUUUUCGAACUCAAGCUACAUGACAAGAAACAGUUGUCAGUCAAUGUAGUAUUCGUUGAAUCGUUUGGUAUAAGUUUUGAUGCUUCUUGGAAUCUUUCUGCGGGGAAAAAAAAAUGAAAACUUGGCUCUCCGCACACUAUUCAAGUUCUCUCUAUCUCUCUUUGCCUUCUUUCUUGUUUUGAUUCUUUUGUUUCAAGUUUUAAUAUUGGACUGUGGCGGACAUGAUUAGUUCUACCGUAUUAUCAUUAUUAUUAUUAUUAUUUCUUAUUAAACGUCAAAUAUUGUUGUCCAAAAGACCAAAACAAGUGAAAAACAAAGGGUAUGCUCGGUAA